AAACGACUCCUUAUUCGUACGUUUUUCACACGCUCCAUUAAAUAGCGUCAUUCCCCGUACCCAAAAUUUAGUGCUAUUAUACUUCUCGUGUUUGAUUUUAUUGUGCACCCUCACACGCGUUCUGUUUCACCCUCUCCGGUGCCGACACGAUAAGAGGUUACACCGUUUUCAGAGAGAGAAACACUGCGAAUUCUAGAGAGAGAAAGCGCGUUGCGACUCUCGAGAAGAUAGAGAAAGAGUGUGUUUCAGAUCUGAAUCGAGUUAAGAUUUGUAUUCUAGGGUUUGGAAUUGGUGGAAUUGGUUUUCGGUUAGGGUAAUCAAGAAUUAGGGUUUUGAAUGAAUGGCUUCGGGGGCGAUAGUUGUUGAAGAUAAGGGAGCUAGAGAGAUACAGAGAUAUACGGAGAAAAACGUUUAUACGAGAAAAGCCUUUAGAGGUUCAAAGAAUAAAGGUAAUUCCUUGAACGUUGUUUCUCAUAAUUCGUCUGCGGCUACCACCACAACUGUCACCGCCACUGUCACCGCCACUGUCACUGCUGAUGGGACGAAGGAUAACGGUAAUAGUGUUUCGGUUCAACAGCCAGCUAGGGUUUUGGCUUUGGAGGAUGGGAAUUCAGUUAGGCCGGUAGUUAAUUCUAGGUUGGAUGUGGUUUCUGAAGACUUAUCCAACCGGAACCUUGGGCAGGAUGAGCAUUUCAGCCUUGAUAUUGAGCUGGUAGAUGCUCCUGGAUCGCUAGAACCAUCUUUGAGGACCUGUGUUACAAAGCAGGGGCAGGAGAAUGGUGUUAAGAAUGGUCUGGAUUCACGGUCGAAGCAAGAGACACGGGAGCGUAGGAGGAAGCUUGAGAGAGAACUUGAAACGGUGAGGUCUUUGGUGAAUAGGAUUGAAGAGAAGCAAGGGAUGGUUCGUAUGUGUGGGGGUAAUUUGAAUAUGUCGGUGGAUCGUGAUAUGGUUGAUAAUGGUUUUGGAGCUAAGCGCACUCACUCUGAUGUAGCCUCUGCAGGUGUUCCGAGAGAGCCUACUAGGCCUUUACGCCAGUUAAGUGUAAUGGUGUUUGAGAACAGUCAAGGAAUUGGUGAAAGUGUUGAGAAGGAGAAGAGAACACCUAAGGCAAACCAAUUCUAUUGCAAUUCAGAAUUCUUGCUUGCGAAAGAUAAGUUUCCGCCCGCAGAGAGUAACAAGAAGUCAAAAUUGAAUGGAAAGAAGCAUGGCAGGGGAGAUAUGGGACAUGGACAUGGGAUAGUAUCUAAGUAUUUGAAGAGUUGUAGCUCAUUGCUUGAAAAGUUGAUGAAACACAAGCAUGGUUGGGUGUUUAAUACUCCGGUUGAUGUUGAAGCUCUUGGUUUGCAUGAUUAUUUUAUCAUCAUCUCACAUCCAAUGGAUUUGGGUACUGUCAAGACGAGGCUGAACAAGAAUUGGUACAAGUCACCCAAGGAGUUUGCGGAAGAUGUGAGACUUACUUUUCGUAAUGCCAUGACUUAUAAUCCUAAAGGGCAAGACGUUCAUGUAAUGGCAGAGGAGCUAUCAGCAUUGUUUGAGGAAAGAUGGGUUAUUAUAGAGUCAAAUUACAAUCAUGAGAUGAGGUAUGCCAUGGAUUAUGGGCCAGCUAUUUCUGCACCUUCACCUCUGUCUAGAAAGACUCCUGCUUUCCGACCACCACCUCUUGACAUGAGAAGGAUUCUGGAUAGGUCAGAAUCAAUGACCAAUUCUUCAAAAUCCAUGAACGUUCCUCGUUUAACUCGAACCCCCGCUCCGAAAAAGCCUAAGGCAAAUGAUCCUCAUAAAAGAGACAUGACAUUCGAGGAGAAGCAAAAACUCAGCACACAACUUCAGAGUCUACCUUCUGAUAAACUAGAUGCUAUUGUACAGAUCAUUAAGAAACGAAAUUCAGCACUUUCCCAACAUGAUGAUGAAAUUGAAGUGGACAUUGAUAGUGUGGAUGCAGAGACUCUUUGGGAGCUUGAUAGAUUUGUUACCAACUUUAAGAAAAGUUUGAGCAAAUACAAGAGGAGGGCUGCUGAACUUGCUAAGAGGAAGGCUGAACUUGCUAUGCAACCUAGAGCAGAAGCUGAGCUAAAUGCACAGCAGAAGAGCCAAGCACCACCAGUUAUAGUUGAGGUCCCGAGAGAAAGACAAGCAGAUGAAAGAAAUGCUCCCCCAUCCUUGCCUGUGCAAGGGGAAAUUCGAGUGGAUAAUGGGAGUAAGACAAGUAGUUCAAGCAGCUCAAGCAGUGAUUCUGGCUCUUCAUCAAGUGAUUCUGAUAGUGAUAGCUCCUCAGCGUCUGGGUCUGAUGCAGGGUCACAGUGAACCUGAAUACUUCCCGCGAGGUGUCAGAUAUAGAUUAGAUAGUGUUGGGAUGUUUGUGUAGUUGAUUUUUUUGAAGCUUCCAGAUUAUGGAUCUGAAUUUAGCAUUUUGGUUGGAAGAGAAGCUUCUGAAGGCCACCUGUGAUCUCGUACUGUGCAGUAUUGAAUCUUUUUCUCUCAUUCGAUGAAACACACUCGUGUAUAAUAUUUGGUAGAAUGUGAAAAUAACUAGAUAGUUUUCUUCUGUAGGAGUGUACAUCGCUAACUACUGUUAUUACUCACGAAGUUCCAUUGAUGAAUCAUUAUUUUGUGCUGUCAAGUUCAAGAUUCUUGGUGUGUUAUACCAAGUUCUUCAGGUCA